AUGAUUGAGCAAAUCGCCUUAAAAUUUUCCUGGAUUCAUCCGGUGCUUUUCUAUGAGAAAAUGUUCUGGGAAGACGAGCUUCUGGAAUCAGGAUUUUGUAAAAUGAUGGUCACUGUAAGAUGUUUUCAAUUUCGAGAAAUAUCUUGGUUGAAAAUGGUAUUUACUAUGGGUUUAUUUGUUCGCGCAUCUAAUAAACAAUCAAAUUUGAAGCCCAACCCACGAAUCUUGUCAAACGAUCGACUUAGCGGUACAGCAAUGCGGAGUUUGUUGCGACAAGCUCUGGGUUUAUUUGUUCGCGCAUCCAAUAAACAAUCAAAUUUGAAGCCCAACCCACGAAUCUUGCCAAACGAUCGACUUAGCGGUACAGCAAUGCGGAGUUUGUUGCGACAAGCUCUGGUCGAUAAUGUUGGCACUGAUCGAGCUGGUUGGUUUAUUUUUGAGGCUUGA